GGUUGAUUCUCCUCUAUCCGAUACUCUUCGAUAAUAAAUUCGUGGUUGUACAAUACAUAAAUACUUGUAUGUUAUUAUUAUAAUUAUUAUUAUUAAAUUAGUAUUUGUAAAUGUAAUCGUAAAAAAAGUAGUGUAUAAAAUUUGAUGAAGCACAAGCACAUCUUGAAAAGGAAUAAUCGGAGAACAUUCAAGAAACAUUAUCAAGGACAUCAAUCGUGACAUCUAAAACUAUCCCACGUACUCGUUUUCUGCUAUUUUCGAUAAAAUAUGGCCUCAAGAUAUAAUCAAGGUAUCCAAAGGGUUUUAGGUAAAUUAGAGGCUUCUGUUAAUUCUGGUAAUUACUAUGAAGCCCACCAAAUGUACAGAACGCUUUAUUUUAGAUAUCUUGCUAAAAAAAAGUACAUGGAUUUAUUGGAGUUACUUUACAACGGUGCCAUUCUUUUACUUCAACGUGAUCAGCAUGCAAGCGGUGCUGAUUUAGGAAUUUUAUUUAUUGAUGUAUUAAAUAAAGCAGAAACAACAGAGCCGACAAGUUAUUUUGGAAAAAUAGCAAAUUUAUUCAGUAUUAUGAAACCGGGUACACCUGAGAGAGAAACAUUUCUUCAUAAUGCACUUAGAUGGAGUUUAAAACAUACUAAUUGUAAAUGGGGGCAUCCUGAAUUACAUAAAAUGAUAGCUGAAGUUUUUUGGCAAGAAAAAAAUUAUACAAUGGCAAGACAGCACUUUGUGUACAGUGAUGAUGGUGCAGGAUGUGCAGCGAUGCUUGUAGAAUUGCAUCAACAGCGUGGUUACUCCAAUGAAGUUGAUCUUUUUAUCGCUCAAGUUGUCUUACAAUAUUUAUGUUUGCACAAUGCAUCAACAGCACAAGAGGCCUUUGAUUCGUACACAUCACGACAUCCAAAAAUAAAUAGCGAGCCUCCUUAUCUAUUACCUUUGCUGAACUUUUUAUUUUUUCUUCUUAAAACAAUCCAGUUGUCAUCAUUUGGAGCGUUCACAGUAUUAUGUGAACAAUAUCAAUUGAGUUUGAAUAGAGACCCUAGUUACCGCACAUACCUCGAUAAAAUAGCUCAAUUAUUUUUCGACGUUCCCGCUCCACGUUCACGACGACAAGGACUCUUUGGUAGUCUUCUUCAAUCAUUUUUCAACGGUCUUGAAGAUGAUGAAUCUGAUGGGGAAGAAACAUCAAGGCAAGCUAGCAAUAAUGCCUCUACUUCACACGCAGUCCAAGAGCUUGACUGAUUUCUUACAUGCUACAGUGUAAUAUAGUCGAUGGAUAACUUUUACAUAUAGAUAUAUUUUACUUGGUUUGUAAAAAAGAAAAGAAAAAAAAAGAAAAAGAAAAAAAAACAUAGAAUUUAUAACCUAUAUAUAUGACUCGUGUGAGUUAUUCUCGAUUAUGUGCACUUGAUGUUUUAUGCAUAGGUACACGGUAAUUAAAAUUAAGAUCUAAAAAAAGGAUUUGUGUCCUGCUGGUCUGAUCGAGGGUUCAAUAAACCUCGGUACAAUAAACUUAAUAAUUAAUUUGAUAUAUUGCUAAUUUAAUGAGUUAAUUUCGUUUUUCUUAUUUUUAUUCUUAUAUUUAAUUAAUUCUUCGAUAUUUGUUACUGACUGUUUUGAAUUAAGCGUAAACUUUAUUUAUGAGAGUAAGAAGUUUGUUUAGUUGGCUUAGUUAUUUAAUUGUCUUUAUAAAGGCAAUUAUUUGUAAAAGUCGAUAAUAAUUUAAAGACUAAUCAAGAGUCAUGGAGGAUUAAUGCAAUGUACAAAUAAAUACGUGGAUUUAGUGACUUGUAAUUAUAUUGUUUAAAUACUUAUUACUUGAUAU